AUGAUCGACGGGUUCCAGGAGGGCAGCCUAUGGUUCUAUGCACCAAAUAAAGGUGCAGCAAUUGCCUUUGCGAUUCUCUUCGCUGUUUCCGGUGGCAUUCAUGGAUACCAAUGCUUCAAGUACAAGUCCUGGAAAGUCACCGGCCUUCUCCCAUGGUCCGCUCUCUUGUUCACAGCAGGUUUCAUCACAAGAACCAUCGGAGCAUUCGGGCAGUGGGGAAACAUAGGCAUAUACAUCGCAAGCACAGUCCUCCUUCUCGCCGGACCCCCGGUAUACGAAGGCGCCAACUUCUUCAUCCUGGGCCGCAUACUCUACUACAUCCCGUAUCACUCACCAAUCCACCCAGGCCGGGUCUUCACAACGUUCAUCGCCCUAGGCGCAGUCAUCGAAGCCAUCACCGCGAAUGGGGCAGCCCGCGUGGCAAGUGCAGACUCCAGCGUCUCCGCACAGGAGACCGGCAAAGCACUGUUAAAAGCAGCGCUCAUCAUGCAGAUUUUCCUAAUGACCGGGUUCGUGACUUUGGCCGGCCGAUUUCACUUCAAUUGCUCGAAGGGCGGUGUUCUGAAUUACAAGAUUAAACGUGCACUGCUAGUGCUGUACUGCAGCUGUACGCUCAUCACGAUUCGCACUAUCUAUCGCACGGUGGAGUACUUCACUGCUGCGAGUCUGAAUACGUUCUCUGACCUCGAGCAUAUCAGUCCUGUUCUGAAGCAGGAGUGGUUUUUCUGGGUAUUCGAAGUUGUGUUUAUGUAUACAAACACCACUUUGCUUAAUGUCUUUCAUCCGAUGCGCUCACUUCCGCGAUCGAACAAGAUAUAUCUUGCUGAAGACGGUGUUACGGAGAUUGAAGGUCCGGGUUACGAUGAUCCCCGUCAUUGGUUGCAGACUGUUGUUGAUCCGUUUGAUAUUUAUGGACUGUUUGCUAACAGGGGCAAACAAAAUAAGUAUUGGGAAGCAGGAGUGCCUCAAGAAGAUACCACUGCCCGUACUGAUCGGGAGGUAUGA